AAUUGGAAGAAAUUCAUAAAUUCUAGAUUCGGAAAUUAGUCGUCUUUUACUACGAAAUCAUGAUUUAUUGUCCUUGAUUUUAAUUAAAAUGAACGAGAAAGAAAGAAAAAAUCAACAACAACCAAUCAACCAACCGCGGUUAAUCGAAAAUCAACAUCAAGCUCAAAAUCAUAUAAACACAAGCAAUGAUUUCAUUAUUUCAUAUCAUCCAAUCAAUGAACAUUUGUAAUCAAUGUAUGUCAAACAAAAUAAAUCCACCACCACCGAAACAAACAAACAAAUGACAAACGAUCAUACGAUAAAAUUUCAUCAUUAAUGACUACUGCACAAUUUUAUUAUUAACAACAAACUGACAAAAUGUAUGUAUCAAUGAUAUUUUUAUCCAUAACGAUUGGAACAACCAUUGCCAUCAUUAUAUUACGUACAACGAUGAUUAUAUGGAAUUAUUGGAAUCGUAAACAAUUUAAAUGGGAAACAAAUAAUGGACGUUAUUGGGCAUUGAUUACUGGACAAAUUGUUGAUGGUGGUGUUGGUUAUGAAUUUGCACGACAAUUAGCAUUAAAAGGUUAUAACCUUAUGAUUAUUAGUGGCGAUCCUGCCGCCCAAUUACAAGAGAAAAAACAAUUAAUUCAACGUGAAUGUCCAUUCGUACAGAUACGUAUUAUGAUUGUUGAUUUUCGCCGAUCAAAUAUCUGGGAUAACAUACGUAAAUUUAUUAAUAUCGAUACGAAUAAUGUAUUUAUUUUGGUGAAUAACUGUAAUAAUUUUCCUGAUAAUGUUGAUGAAUUUGAAGAUGAUGAUAAUGGAACAUCGACCACGACCACAACAACAACAUAUCAUCGUGAUUUAAUCAAUGCAAAUAUAAUGAGCACAAUACGUAUGACAGAAUUGGUAUUACCAUCAAUGGUAAUGAAUCGUAAUGGCUUAAUUAUCAAUAUUACAUCGAUUACAUCGUUACACAAUGGGCCGGCAAUUUCAUAUGGUUCAACGAAGUUUGAAAAAUUCAAAUAUUUCCAAUCAUUUAUUGCUUAUUAUUCACGUGGUCUACAUCAAGAAUGUUUAGCUAACAAUGUACUCAUCUAUACCUUGACACCGGGUUCAAUGUCAACAAGUUUAAUGGAAAUGAAACCUAUUCUAAUGUUGCCAUCUGCUCGUCGUUAUGUACAAGGUGCCUUGUGUACAAUCAAUUGGGAUACAACCGAAAAUUUCGGCUAUCUGCCCAGAUUUUUAACCGCCACCAUUUUAUAUUGUAUUGAAACAUUAUCUGAAUGGCAACGUAAAUGUCGUAGAUUGACAAGAAAAUCUUGAUUCAUUUAAUUAAAAUCGAAUCAAAGAAAAAAAAAUUUAGUACGAAAAAAUAAAAUUUGUUAAAUCUCAAAAAUUCACUCAAAUGAAAUCUAUUUUUCUUGGUUCUCUUCUUCCAAAAUCAAUCAAUUAUUCGAUCAAUCACGAAAAAAAUCGAUUCAAUCAUCGAUCAUCAUCGAAUACAUAC